CGGCGGACAGCCCCUAUGGGGCUUGGGAGAGUCCUGGCGCCAGCCAAGAUGGCUGCUCCCAUGGCGAGCUCGAUGCGCCGCCUCUGGAGGCUGGGAUCUGGAGUACGGAGCACUCUCCAGCCUCUACCGGGACUGACACAGGUGAGAUGGAACCGCUAUGAUAUUGAUUACAAGGAACCCCAACUUAAUAAAGACUACUAUCUUAAGCCCUUGGAGAAGCUGACUGAAGAGGAGAAGUUUGAGCGGGAUCUCAGAACCACACAGAUCUUCAAAGCUCCCCCACCUUCAAAGACAAGCUCUUUGUUUGAAGACCCAGUGAUCAGUAAAUUCAUCAACAUGAUGAUGAAAGGAGGAAACAAAGUACUGGCCAGAUCCCUGAUGACUGAGACUCUGGAACUCCUCAAGAGAAAGCAAUUUCAAAAAUACCAUGAAGCCCCUGUCGAGCAGCGGGAAUCCAUUGAAUGCAACCCUUACACAAUCUUCCACCAAGCCCUACACAACUGUCAGCCUGUCCUGGGCCUGGUCAGCAUUUUGAAAAGUGGCCGCUUCUAUCAGGUCCCAGCCCCUCUGACCGAUAAGCGCAGAAGCUUCUUGGCUAUGAAAUGGAUGAUUCAAGAAUGCCGGGCGAAGAAGCCUCGCCGAAUGCUGAUGCCAGAAAAGCUGUCUCAUGAGUUACUGGAGGCCUUUUACAACCAAGGCCCUGUCAUCAAGAAGAAGCAUGAGUUGCACAAGAUGGCAGAAGCUAACCGAGCCUUUGCCCACUACCGUUGGUGGUAAAAGGUGGGAAGGCUUGAGCCCUAAGGUGAGAACCUGAUACCAUGUGCUCAGCCUUCUACCCUUCUGCUGUUGGAAGGUUAAUCAGAGCAGAGAAAGGUCAUUUUUUUUUUUUUUUUAGCCACUUGGAGAGAGGGUAUCACCAACCAUGGAGGUUUCAAGUUGAAUGGUUAGAACUAAUUCAAAUGCAAUAGCUCCAAAUCUCCCCUCUUGUAAUCUUGCCACUCCCAGAUGUUCUUAACAGAAAUGAUAGUUUAUAAUCCAUUUAGUACCAGUUGGUAAAAGGCAGGUAAAAGUAUGGGGGAGACAUGCGAGUAACAUUACUCAAACAUGCCAUCCUAUUUGGCUUCCUCCUCACCCUCAUCUGUCACAUUGCCUUCAUAUAGAGGAAAGGACACAGGCUUCAGCUCUGCAGAGCUACGUUUCCUUUGCCUCAAUUCUAGCCGAACCUUUGACUUUUGGAAAAAAAGAGGCAGCAUUCACUUUAGAAAAGGUUUACUAGAAAAGUCUACACUGGUUCAUAAUAAAUUAUAUAUAUGAUAUAUAUAUUUUUAAAUCCCACGCUGAACCAGUGUUUUGGUCAGCAGCUCAUUAAAACUUGUUUGGAUAAAAUACCCUUGUUCCCCAAGUCAUUUUUAUACAAAAAUUAUUUUUAAAAAACCAAUAAAGCCAGUUUCUAGCACUACUUGUGCUCUGGAGCCCUGGCUUCUUUACCUGACACAGCCUCUUGGCUUUGGAAGCAUCCCUUUCAUGCAGGAAGUUCAAAGACCAGGCUUCAGUUCUAUUAUUUGACUUAUAUUCUCCCUUCCACGUUUUGCCUUUUGAAGAUUUCAAAGCAUCCUCCUGAACACUGAUUGUUCAUUUUACAAAUCAGGAAGCUGAGGCAUCAAGAGAGAAGAUGCACUGAUGGUUGCAUAGUGCAAGGAUGGUAGGGUUGUCCUUCGCUACCCAAUUCCACAUGGUGGGGGUAGGAAGGAAAUGGGCUGAAAGUCAGGGGUAAUGUUCCCUCAUUUAGUUGAGGCAGUAGGAUGUUAUAGAUAGUGCAUUGGAAUUAUAAUUGGGAAGACUUGGGUUUGAAUGCUGUUUCAAACACUUAUAUUACCUGUGUGAACCAUGGGCAAAUUAAAUUCUUUGAGCCCCAGUUUUCUUAUUUGUAAAA